UGCUCGGCGCAGCUCAGUAGCAGAACAGUAGCGACACUGGUUGGAUCGUGUUGUCGCCGUAUAUUUUAAACACACACACGGUGGUAUUGUGAGUAUUCCGUCGCGCAGUUUCCCGUCUAUUCCCUGCUCAUUUGUGUACUCUGGAGAUCGUGCCAGCGUUCCAGCGUUCGUUUUGAGUUGCACAACCAGCAGCUUUUGUGAGAUAUCCUACCAGACAGAUCCCCCACAACAGCCAGCCCCUAACUUUCCCUAACCCCCGCACCAUCACACAAAUAUGUCUGACACGGAAGCGGACGCGCACGCUAGCACAAAUGGCAACGCCGGCACGAACGGUACGGCUCCAGCUGCCACCCCGCUGCUACCCUCACAGAAAGUCCUCGAGGAGGAGGAAGCGGAACGCUUGGCAGAGGAGGAGCGCAAGCGCAACCGGGAGCCACCGAUCAUCUUUACCGAUGUCGACUCAAAACUAGAGCUGGAGCGGCUGGUCGACUUUGUCGACGGGAAGCUAUCGGAGGACGAGCAGGAGGCGGUCGAUCAGCUGCACCAGUACCUGCUGCUCGGAGAGGGCGCCUGGACGUUCGGCGACUGCUUCCUGGUGUUUGUCGGCCGCAUUUUCCGGGACCAGCAGUGUUUCUCGACCGAUGUGCGUGUGCAUCUGCUGCGGGCGCUGGCGAAUUGCGCGCUGAAGGAGGACAUCAUUCUGCUGCUCCACCAGGACCGCAAGGAGCACGUGCUGAUGAACUUUGCGCAGGACAUUGAUCGGCAUCCGCCGGAGGAGCAGCAAUCGAUCGCAUUAUUUAUGUGCAACCUGUUUGAGAAUAACAACGCAUCAGAGUGGCUGCUGUACAUCUCCGAGUGGAGCUACAAUGGGCUAACCACGUCCAACAUCCGGGCGACGACCAAGGUAGCGGUCCACUGUCUGCUGGCCACCUGCCCUCGGUUGCAGGAUAUCGGGACUGCGCUGGUGCAUAACAUCGCCUGCAAGGAGGUGAAAACGGUCGUGUUCGAUGACGUCGCGGUCGAGAUCUCGAUGGCGCUUCUGCAGUUCUUCAACAGCUCGCCAACCGAGGAGCAUCUCUUCCGCACGAUGAAAGCGCUCGCUAAAUUUGUGCAGGUGUCCCCAGAUGUGCCACAGUUUGUGCAGAUGAUUGGACCUCAUCCAAAGAACUUCAAGGGCAAAAGCGAACGGGUCGACGCCCUGAUCGAGCAAAUCAGCAAAAAAAUACGCUAACUACCUUUCCCCUACUUACUUUUGUUUGUUCCUCAAAUACACCAACCGACUCUUGUCCUUGGUUUUCUGCAGGAUGUCCUUAA